AUGAAUGAAGCAAUUCUUGCCCGAAGUUUCCCCAGUGGGCUCAUCGACCUAGAAUGGAGACCGUUUGAUAUAUUGGAAUCGGCUCAGAAAAGAAUCUUUCUACACCGCCAACGCGAUCAUUUGAAGCAACUCAUAGCAGAUGGCAUCAUCAUCGUGAAAGAGGGUCACAGUCUCUACAUCAACUACCAAGGACUCAUCGCCGCUACAGAAGGCGGGCCACUGACAGAGGAAGAACUCAAAAACCCAUCCCCUGAGAUGACGCUUAGAGCUAGCAACAAGGAUAAGACAGACCCAGAGGAAUCCCCAUUAGCCGCGCAUAUCAUGGAAGAUUUGGGGACCGCGCCGCCCCUGAAAUGUCGCGCAUGGCGGAAUAUAUUCUAUACGCUGAAUAAAAUGCCCUCAAGUCAACGGACCGCCAGAGCACUAGUUGAUUUGCUGCAGCCGGCCAUCCAGGAGGAAGAAGAGUCUUGGGCAAAGCUAGCUACUAUGGGGGAGUCCUUUGACACCGAAUCAAUCUCAUAUCUUGAUUUCGAUAAAGUAAGAGAUACCAUCUACCAUCUCGCAGGGGAGCCGCAUGAAUGGAAUGAUCCGACGGUCAUCAUGUCUGGCGAAUGGCUUGACUUGUCAAACAUGGUGAAAGCAUUGAGCGACAUGCAUUGUCGGAUCGUCAUAACGGAUAUGAGGCACUCAACUUACUAUGACGACACUCCAAAUCGACUGAGAAAAUAUAAAACCCUGUGGAAACUCGUCAUGAGAGAGUUGCGAAAGAGAAGAAUGGGAAUCCGGAUGCAGGCAUAUGUAGAUGAAUUACUUGAGUCAUCAUCUUUUUACGAGUUCUCAUGA